AUGAGUCUGUGUGACUCUCCUCAGUGGAAUUACCAUAGAGGGCAACUUCCCGAAUGGGAGGUUCUGGAUUUAUCGUAUGAGAGAUGUUCCUAUAGGUUCUCCCAUGUUCCAGCCUUCAAGAGCGACAGCCUAGAAGUACUCGUUCUCUAUGACAAUCACAUCACGGGGGUGAAGUUCGAAGGAUCGGCGACUCCCAAAUUGAGGGAACUCUACAUCGAAAAAACUUGGUUGGCCUUCUUCCCGACCAUCAAGAGCGACAACCUAGAAAUACUCAAUCUCGGUAACAAUCGGAUCAGGACUGUGAAGUCCGACUUACGAGCGAUUCCCAAAUUGAGGGAACUUCAUCUCCAAAAAAACAUGUUGACCUUUGUCCCGGCUUGCAAGAGCGAGAGCCUAGAAGUACUCGAUUUGAAUGACAAUCGCAUCAACAGAAUAGAGUUCGACGGAUGGGCCACUCCAAAAUUGAGACAACUCCUUCUCAAUAACAAUUUUUUAACUUCUCUCCUAGACUACAAUAGCGCAAGCCUGGUUGCCGGAUUUCCAGCUUCCAAUUUCAAGGAAAGGAAUAGUCUUGGGCCGCACACGAAGGUGUACCUUCGUAAUAACUCUAUAUCUACACUUGACAGGGGGAUCCUUCAACGGAUCAUGAUGGACAUUUCCCGAGGAGAUGGUUUUCUCCACCUAGAAUACAAUCCCAUCAAGUGUGACUGUGGUUUAGCCUGUUCCCAAGAUGAAACAGAAUGCAUUCAAGUUGGAAAAUACCUCAUUGGAACUAAAGUGAACUACAUCUGUGAUGGCUAUUAUAUUCUAAGGGGUCCACGAGUUCGGACAUGCGGAGUGAAUGGAGAAUGGACAGGCCCUGACCCGUUCUGUGAACCUGAGUGUGGCCGAAUGGAAAAACUGGUUGCAUCGCCUCAGAAAUUGAUUCGUGGAGGGGAGGAAGCAGCACUUGGGGCGUGGCCUUGGCAAGCUGCCAUCUAUGAUGUGCAGUUCAAGGAUGUCAUUUGUGGAGGUGCUCUGAUUGGAAAACAAUGGGUUCUCACGGCGGCACAUUGCGUCAUGGACCCAGAAAAUGCAUCUGCAGUUCAAGAUGUGAACAAUUUCUUCGUCUAUCUCGGCAUGCACUAUCGAGAUGUGUCCAUGGACGAUGAAGUCGUGCAAAAGAUGAAGGUGACCCAGAUCAUCCCGAAGGCCGAAUACACAGGCUGGGAAUCGGACAUCGCCCUGAUAAAACUCGACGAUUCGGCUAAUCUAACGGAAAGGGUUCAGUUGAUUUGUCUGCCUUCCAAUGAGAACCUGUCUGAUGAAUUUUUAGAUGGUGCUCAAGAUGAAUUUGGCCGUCCUGACCGAGGAUGGGUGGCAGGUUGGGGAAAAGACGUCUCAAAUCAAGCAACGGACGUCUUGACACAGGUGCAACUGGAAGUCAUACCAAAACCUGAGUGCCGAAGGGAAAUCAACGUAAAGUCAGACAAGCACCCCACUUCCAUCACCACCAACACGUUUUGUGCAGGAAAACGUUACAAUGCUUCCUCAUUGGUGCAUGAGGAUGCGAAAGAAUACAAGACGGUGUGUCCAGGGGAUUCGGGGAGUCCCAUGGUCUUCGCCUCUCAUAGCCUUCUGAAAAGCCAAUGGGUGGUCGAAGGAAUCGUCAGUCAUAUCUAUACGAAGUCAGGACGGGAUUGCUCCAAUUAUGAGCCUGGCGAGUAUGGUGUAUUCGCUCGAGUUAAUAACCCCAGCACUCCUCCAUCUGCAGCUAUAGCUACAGCUCGAAAACAGCCGGCACCUGCACCUGCAUCUGCUCACCCAAGAAAACAGCCUACCCCAAUUGCUCCCAUCCUCUAUGCACCAGACAUCUCGACAGGACCAUUUUCGAGCCUUUUCAACCCUCGUGCGUGGGACCGUAUACCUCCCACUAGCUUACAGCCACGCAACAAUGGGCCAGCACUUCAGCCAAGCCCGCCUGCCUCCCAGCCUGUAGACAUCACUAGCUUGUCUACAGAUAAUGUUUCCCUGCAGAAGCAGUCUGGGGCAGAUCUCGGCAGCGAUCACCUCCCAAUUCAUGUCACGCUCGACAUCUGUGCCCCCUCUCGAUCCAACUUUGUGAGGGAGGUAUACGACUUUAAAAAUGCGGACUGGGGGGAAUUUCACGAAAUCCAAGAUUCACUCCUCCCAGAUACGCUGGCCCUAGAAACUCCCUCACUCCUAGACGACUCUGCAACCAUCGUAGCAGAAGCGAUUUUUAUCGCACAAGACCUGGCCGUCCCCAAGGUCGCUCGUCGCCUUGGACGUCUUUACUCCAUCUCUACUGCUACACUCAAGAAGAUCCGUGAACGCCGAGGUCUUCGUCGAAUCUACCACCGUCACGGUUACCCCGAACUCAGGACCAUCAUCAAUGGCCUUAACAAGGAAAUAAAGGAGUUACUUGCCCUUGAUCAGGAAACUUACUGGGAUACAUAUUGCUCCAACCUAAAUCAGGAGACAGAUCCCAAAGACUUUUGGAAACUCUUCCAACGCGUCGGCAAACCCUCAUCAGCUACCACCAAACCACCGAAGAUCGGAACAAGAGUCGUCAUCACUGAUGAAGGCAAAGCGGAAGUCUUUGGCGAAUCGCUAGCUUCUGCCAUGACCACACCUUCCCGCCUUCAAAGUCAACUCUCUCCCAAGGGCCUAUCUACAGGAUGA